AUGGCAGCACCUCUUGGCCCUCUGUCUGAUCCAGGGGCAGAAAUCAGCCUCCUGGAAAUCAACCAGGAGCUUCAAUCCCAGCUGGAAAAAAGCCAGCAGGACUUCCGAGACCUCAAGGAGAAAUUCCUGAUAUCCGAAGCUACUGCCUACUUCCUGGCCAACCAGCUGCAGAAAUACAAGUGUGAAGAGUCCACCGACAUCAUCGAAUCCGUGCUGGGGGAGAAGGUGCGGUUUGAGAAGGGGAAGCGGGCAGACACGGCGGCUGAGAACCUCAGGCUAUGUCAUAUCCUACUUAAAGAGCUGACCCAUUUGUAUCAGAAGUUAUGGGAAGGGAAAGACGUUUCCCAACUACUCAAUAAGCACCUCGAGGACCUCCUAACCCAUGGUGACCCUGAGCAUCCCCAAGGGCCAGGCUUCCAAGAGCAACUGGCUGAGGGGCGCAGGCUGCCCAAGUGCCUUGUCCGAAAGCUCAGCGCAGAAAACCGAAUUGAUCAGGAGGGGCUGAAAGGACAAGAGUCAGCUGCCCCCAGGCUCAGCAGACAGCUGGUAGAGGUGGUAGAGCAGGACAUCUCAAGGGACUCUCAGGGUGAACACUACUUGACAUAUUCCGUUCUUCCCGACCUGUCUGACUCCUACUGGCCUUACAGGAGCACCGCCAUCUUCCUACCUGAGGAACUGGAAGUCUGUUCCUCUCUGGAAGCGACCAAAAAUCAUACUGAUCUUUCGGUGGAAGACCAAGACCGGAUAUACCCCAGGUUCCCCAGGGAGCUGCCAGUGGCAGAAGAGAAUGAAGUCCCACAGGACUCACUGGACGAAUGUUAUUUGACUUCUUCAGUUGGCCAUGACCUGCCAGACACCUGGAGGCCGUAUACAAGUGCCUCAUCCAUAAUUGAUAAGCCGGAAACCUUCCUGGGUCUGGAUGGAGAUGCUCCGAUGCAGGCUCCCUGUCACCAAGGGCCAUCAAGUGGAAACUGGACUUUCCAAAGAGCAGAGGUGCAAACUUCCGGAGCACAGACACAGCCAAGCACCCAGGUGGCCAAUAUUCUGACACCGCAGCUGGACCAGCAGUUGGAUUCUGGUGACAACAGAGCCAGGCUCGGCCUCUCCUGCACCCUCGGGAGCCUGGAUGCCAAGAUGGGUUCUGGGAACCAAUGGCCCCUCUUUCAAGAGCUGGGUUUGGAAGCUUCCAUCUGCAUGAAGAACCCUCCCAAGCUGGAUGGUGAUGCUGCAGAGGGCUCAAGGGACAGCCAGCGUGGGUGUCACGUCUUGGGCCCCAUGAAAGCCCUCGGUGCCAUGAAACAGAAGAUUAUCAAGAGGAAACUGCAGUUCGGCAAGUGGAGACUCCCUACCUGUGGCUCCCCCUUCAGCUUCUUCUCUGGACAGGGGUUCAGCUUGCUCCUAGCCUCUGUCACCAUGUAG